GUGGUUUGAUGGCGCUUCAUUGAUGUCUGCAGAAGCGCGUCCUCGCCGUCUCCUGCUGCCUGCUGCUAAAGUCAAACACCGGACCGACCCGGCCGAGGAGAACGAUGCCGACGACGAGGGCGAGAUCUGGUACAACCCCAUCCCGGAGGAUGAAGAGGCCGAUCUGCCGCGCUGCGUUCCCGUCAUCAGAGUCCAGACGAGACAAGCGGACGCAGACGAGAGACAGACGCAGGACGAGAGCAGAGCCACAGAUCCUUCAGAGCAGUCCACUGGUAGACUUUCUCCCUCUUCUAGUCCCAACCCAGCUAAAAGGAGCACUACUAUCAACUGGUCUUUUCCUGAUAAAAUCAAGUCACCACGGACUGUCCGAAAACUCUCUAUGAAGAUGAAGAAACUGCCUGAUCUGAGUCGGAAGCUUAGUGUUAAAGGGAACCCAUCUAGCAAUGUGGUUAUCAGCAACAGCCAAUCAGAACCCAGGGCUCACUCACCAAAAGUUAAUGGGAUGGCAGAGCUGGGCCAGUCCCAGUCCAGACUGUCCCCAGCAGGUGUGACGACUGCAUUGGCAAGUGGUAAUGUGAUUUGGUGGUACCAUUUGGACAGCAGUGUUUCUACGCAGCACAACUUCGAUAAGAGGAGGAGCAAUAGCGGUGGCGUGCCCAAAUCGGCCAGUAAGGGAGGUUACCUAAGCGAUGGAGACUCACCCGAACUUGUCGCCAAGUCAGGAAAGCACGGAAACUCAGAAAGAAAGACCGGUAAAGCCCGGGACAGGGAUCCCAAUGGGAACGGUGGAAGUCCGAGGCUCCCUGGCACGGAGCUGGAUAUCGAUGCCUUCCGUUCAUACAGUUUCUCUGAGCAGCCAAAGUGCCUAACGCACAUCUCUGGACUAAUGAGUCUGCACUUCUAUGGCGCAGAGGACCUGAAGCCACCACGGGUUGAUUCCCGUGACGUCUACUGCGCUAUCCAGGUGGACUCGGUCAACAAAGCUCGCACGGCCUUGCUGACCUGUCGGACAGCCUUCCUGGACAUGGACCACACCUUCAACAUUGAGCUGGAGAACGCUCAGCACCUCAAACUUGUUGUUUUCAGUUGGGAGUCCACACCAAGAAGGAACAGGGUGUGUUGCCAUGGGACUGUGGUUCUCCCGGCCUUGUUUCGUGUGAGUAAGACACAUCAGCUUGUGGUCCGCCUGGAACCACGUGGAAUGAUCUACGUGAAGCUGAGCCUCAUGGAGCAGAGGCAGAACUCUCUUGAUGGCCAGGAUCAUGAAAUGCAGGUGUUUGGUGUAGAGGCUUGGCGCGUGGUGGAACGGGAAGCUUCUGGAUUAAUGGUUCCACUGCUCAUCGAGAAAUGCAUCUCUGAGAUCGAGAGGAGGGGUUGUCAGGUGGUGGGUCUGUAUCGUCUGUGCGGUUCGGCUGCGGUGAAGAAGGAGCUGCGGGAAGCGUUUGAGAGGGACAGUCACGUCGUCGAGCUCUCGGAAAACAACUACCCAGAUAUUAACGUCAUUACAGGCGUGAUGAAGGACUACCUCCGUGAGCUUCCUCAUCCUCUCAUCACCAAGCCACUAUACGAGUGUGUUCUGGACUCGAUGGCCAAGAGGCCACUGCAGAUGGGAAGCGGCGGCUGCGAGAACGACCCGGCCGACUCGGAUCACGCCGUCAGUUUGCUGGAGAUCCUGCCGGAGGUUGAGAAGGCGACCCUGCAGAAGCUUCUGGAUCACCUGAAGCGUGUGGCGUCCCAUCACGAGGUGAAUAAAAUGACCUGUCAGAACCUGGCGGUGUGUUUCGGGCCGGUUCUGCUCAGCCAGAGACAGGAGGCGUCCUGCCACGGGAACCGGGUCUUCAUCGACUCCGAGGAGCUUGCCAGCGCUUUGCACUUCAAGAAACACAUCGAGGUCCUUCAUUACCUGCUCCAGCUCUGGCCAGUUGUGGAUGCUCAGGGUAAAUCUCCGGUUCCUGCCUCGGUGGAGUCGCUUCCCGCAGUGACGGCUGCCGUAAGGAGGAGGAAAGAGCGUCCACAGGUGCUAAAUCUAACCGAGGUGGACAUGGCAGGCGUUUUGCGGCCCAGAGCUGGCCGUCUGGACAGUCCCAGUAACCGCUAUGCCGGGGACUGGAGCAGAUGCCGGGAAACGUACCUCCAACCGUGCUGCCCAGAGGAGGCAGACUAUGACGACGUUCCCAGCGAAGAACCUCCAAACGCAGAACAGGAGGACUUAUCGAAGGGUACUGGAGAUGUAGUCUCCGAACAAGAAUUGUCUGAGUUGGACCAGGCAGUGGAGAGGGUUGAGGAAAUGCAGAUAGAGGAGGAAGAGGAAGUGAGUGAGGAAGAGAAUACAGUAGUUUUGGACAAGCUACAAUUGGAGGAAACUCUUCCCACAAGCCCCUACGAUCAGAUCCUCCCAGAGCACCGACCCAAAGAGCACACCUACCAGGCCUACAUGAAGAUCCAGGAGAUCAGCCCAGUCCUAAGCAACAGGGUCAACCUGCGGGACCUGCAGGAGAGCAUUGACAUUCUAAUCGGCAAUCUGGAGAGGGAGCUCAACAAGAAUAAACUCAACAUAGGGUACUGACUCUUUACAAGGACAGACAAAAUAUGGUGGUGAUUCCCUAAAGACAUCAGCGCCGUGGAACGUUCUUGCUCCCAUGCACACUUGGGAUGCAUGUACAAGAAGACAUUCCUCACUUCUGAUUUGUGUUUUUGUUUGUCUCCUGGUCUCCAUGUUGUUGAUCUCGUCAUUGAUUUUCUUCUUAUGAGAAGAACUCAUUGAACCCUGAGGGGUGCACCAGGUGCCUUCAUUGUGUUAAGGUGGUGCUUACGACAGCAAGAGCUUUUUACUUUCUACGGAGGUACAAAACAUUAUGAUGAAAACCAAUGCACUUAUGGGGCCUACUGUUAAAUGCACGGCCAGUUCAGGUACAGGUGUGAAGCCUUAUGGUGGGAGAACUAGGUACUACAGAUACAUCCCUAACCCAGGGGUACUCAGUCCUUCUCAUGGAGAUAUUGAAUUCCCUGCCCUAACCCUAAUCCCAACCCUAAAACCCCAAACCCUACAUCAGGGAUCUCGAACGCAAAUUACCUAUUGUGGAGGUGGUGUUAGAUGGUUGUUUGAGAUCCCUGCACCCUACUCUCUAAACUCUGAAUGUUAUAUCCUAACCUUAAUCCUAUCCUGACCCUUACACCCUAAAUAAGGGGUGUCCAGUCCUGCUCCUGGAAAGCCAGCUUAAUCUCCAGCUCUAAUUAAACAUACUUAAUCCAACUAAUCAAGGUCUUUAGGUUCACUUAAAGAGGAGGUAGAUCA